CUCAAAUUUUGUAUCUAAGGAUCUCCACAUCACCUAGCGGCGUUCUACUGAAAUUGUUCCACAUUUCGUGUAGCCACUGAUCUUUGCCUACAACAGAAAUAAAGAUGGCGAAAUGCUGACGAGUUUUUCUGUCGAGGACCUGUCAAAGUAGACCGAAAUACGCGGUUUUGCGACCUGAAUAGCCGAUAAAUGUGACUUGUCGUGGGUAUACGGAGAUGCCUGUUCUGCGCGUUUAUGGUUUACAAGUGGGAAUCAUUUUUCUACUGCUGCAAGUUGAAACCUCUCUUGGUAGCAACUAUGUGACAAUAUCUCAAGAUGGACCUGCAGUUCUCGGAGCUGCGAUCACGCUUCGAGCCGACCUGUUUGAUAUGAGCGGCAAUAGGCCUUCGGGAAAGUUCCAGUACUCGUGGACGGAUCAUGGAUUCCACUCGUACACGAGCGAAUGGACGUCAAAUACAACCACUUAUUGGACCCUAGUGUAUCCCGCAAAGAAUUCUACAAUUGGAAUACAUCAUGUCGAAGUCACCGUCAGAUCAUCCUUUGUAAUUACUUACGAGAUUGCAAAGGGAAUGAGCGAUGUUCGCAUAACCUCUAUGCUCAAUGGAAAAAUAAUGAUAUCCCAACCCAACAGGACCACCGAAAGUAGAUACGUAUCAUCAACGAGUGAAGCCAAAUCAAUCGUUAGUUUGCACAAGGGUGAUUACAAUUACCUGAUGACAAACGCGACAUCUAUCUCGACUUUCUGGUUUGUCGACUGCAAGUUUUACGGCCAAUCGGAAAAUUUCUCCUUUGGCUACAAUUUUACAAUUCCAAAUACAUCGCACACAAUCGAAGCCUUGGUGAUAGCAUCUUUUGACCCACCACCACUGACAACUGUGGCCCCAGUGACGACGUCAACGACGACGAUACCGACGUCGAGCUCGAUGGCUCCACCAGUACCAAUUAAUUCUACAAAACUAAACACUACAUCAACCCCUAACGAAACAACCCCUGCAACGAGAACGACUUCGACGACUGUGAAGCCAAUGUCAAGUUCCACUCCGAUGACAAACUCGAUCCCAGAGAUGGGGAACCUCUCGUUUCCCUAUGUUUGCCUCAACUCUUCGAUUAUACCUCCAGACCCAAACAAGACAUAUGGGUACUUUGUUAGGAAAGUCGACGUCAGAGCCCCCAUAUCCAAUAUCACAGUCGAGGGCACAAACUGGGUUCAGCCCUGGGCCUUGUUGUCACUGAACGUAAGCUGCGGAGGCACCGGACCCUUCAGCAAAUGCUUACAAUACCACCAAGGAGUAUACAACGUUACUGGAAACGAGACGUGUUCCUUCAUGGAUAAACUACAGUCCUGUAACUUCUCCAUCACCCAUUACUUCUUGGAGCCGAGCGUGUACACCAUUCUAGUCAUCCUCAACAACGACAUCGGCAAGCAAAUCUAUCCAUUGACUAUCAACAUAUACAAAGUUACUACGAAACCCCAGCUUUCGGUGAUAGUUGUACCGGUGACCUGUUCCUUGGUCGCUAUGGUGUUGAUCAUCUUCGGAGUGGCCUACUACAUCCAGAGCAGAGCCAGAUUCACCAUCGAAGUAGCGGACUUCGACUUCGGUCACAGUAAUCCUGAGAUGGAGUACAAAACCUUCACCGAGAGGCUGCGAGACUCCUUUAAUAACGCUGUAAGCCACGGAAGCGAACGGAUAAGCAUACGUCCGCCCUAUUACGGCAGCAUGAACCGUUGAAGGGCUCGGAGGCGCACAGAGACGUAGAAUAUCGCCGAAAUACAAGCCGCUCAACGCACCUGGAUCGAUGCAGUGACAGUGAAUCGAGGACAGAUGGCCAACAUUUAGAUGAAUUCCAAAGAGAAGAUGCACCGACAGAGUUUGAGUCUGUCAGGGUUCCAGCUACGAGAUCGACCAGCAAUUGCUCGACUCGAGUUGGAACUGUGAGAAAGAGAAUAAUUCCGGUGGCAAGAACACGUCCAUUCCCUGCCGAAUGAUCGAAUAAAAUCAUUCGGCAAGUAAGAACUUUAAUCUGGAUUUUCCUAGAUGAAAUGACGUACACAAAUACACAUACAUAUACACUGAAUCAUCGAUUAACUUUAAAGAGGAGACUCUCAAGGGACUCAUGAAUCAUGAAGUUACUAAUAGACAGCUUAGCAAUUUCGGGUUAUGUAAGAUGGUUUCUGUGGAUCGAAACAUUUCCAUUGCCAGUGUAGAAAGAUUUUUAGCUUGCAAAGCCAGAAAUGUCAUGAUCACUGGGUCAGUGAGCUGCAGUAUUCGUAGAGAGUAAGACUUUCGGGAUAAAAUUCUACCGAUGCUCUGUCGAGUCCAUCACGUUAUCAAUUGGAUGCUUAAUCAAUCAACGAAUGCACUUGUAAUCCACAUGAUAAGCGACAGGUAAUACCGAAAUGUGUACAUAGAGAUGACUAUGAAAUAAACAUUAUAGGCUGUGAA